GAACGAAACAGUUGAUAAAAGUUUGCAGUUCAAAACCAAACGAUAAACAUUUUCGAAAUUUAAACCAUAAACUAUGCAUAUUUAGUGUAUAGCAACAAAUAUAAAAAUCAAUAAAAAAAAAAGAAAACGUUAGCCACGCUUAAAACCAUUUUACAAACGUGAUCUCCUACAACGAGUGAUUGAAUAUGGAAACCACAGUUAUAACAACCACAACAACAACCACAACAGAAUUGAAACGCAAUGGGCGCAGCAACAAAAAGAAAAAUCUCGAUGGUCAACUGACUACGGAACUCGCUACGGACGCCGCUCAUCAGUUUCCGGCUAAUGAGGAGCCGAACGUGCUGGGACAUGGCCCGGACUUUGACGACAAGUUGGCCAACUUCAAAUGGCUGUGCAACUUUGAUGAUGCGCCAAGUCAUUUGAAGUUCAAUCCGUAUAUUCGACGUGGCUAUCGCACAUUCCUGUCCAACAAGCUGUGCCUGCAGAGCAUUUUCUGGUGGACUAAUGAGACGAUCAAUAUCUGGAGUCAUUUGGCCGGCUGCAUUCUGUUCAUCGGCCUGACAAUCUUUGACUUGCAAUUUCUGCGCCAGCAUGCAGAGGUUACUGAUCAGGUGCUUGUGGUCUGUUUGCUGGUCUGCUUCUGUCUGUGCAUGCUGAUGUCGGCCAUAUAUCAUAUAUUCUCCUGCAAGUCGGAGGAGCAUUACGAGCUCUUUCUAUCUGUGGAUUUUCUGGGCAUAUCCCUCUCGCUGGUGGCCAUCUACAUAAGUGGCAUGUACUAUGCCUUCUGGUGCCAUACGUUUCUGCGCACAAUAUACUCGACCAUUGCGCUGGGCAUGUUUGGCCUGGCCAUUGCCGUGCAAAUACCCCAGCUGAAUGUGUCCAUGAAUGGCAAGGUGGCUGUGCUCCUGCUGUGGUCCGCCUACGGCAUUCUGCCUCUGGGCCACUGGGCGGUGGCCAUGGGCGGGCUGGAGAACGAGCUGGUCGGCCUGAUGGUGCCACGGAUUGUGAUCAUGUAUCUGCUCUGCCUGGUGGCCUUUGUGUUCUAUGCCGCCAAAAUACCCGAGCGUUGGCUCACCGGCAAAGUGGACUUUGUCGGCCACUCGCACAACUGGUGGCAUCUGAUCAUUGUGGCCGCCUUUUACCACUGGCACAACACGGGCCUCGUCUAUGCCGAGUACCGUCUCAACAAUGGCUGCAGCGCUGGCCCGGUUCUAUCCUGAGCUACGGCUCUGCGGACUGGUAAUGUCCAUUGUAAAUAGUCUAGAUGCACUAAGUUUUAACUAAUAUUUAGUUGUAGCUGUUGAGAGAUAUAUUGUUAAUUUAUACACUUACACACACACACACAUACACACACACACACAGGCAUAUACACAUAGACUAAUACGUGUGUGUAAUUAGGGUUUCCAGUUAGUGUACUUACUACAAUAAUCGAGUGAACUGUGAAGCUGGUUUUUUAUUAAUGGCCAUGAAGAAACGUGAAUCUGGUUGAAACUAUUUUAUGUACACUUACAAUUUAUUAAUGCAAAUAUAUUAAAGUACAAAAAAGCUA